CAUCCGUGGCCACCCAUGACGCGUGAGAAAAGAGUAUUACAUCAUCCUCGCCUGACAUAUAACUAUAUCAGAUCUAGAUAACACGUAAAACCUUACACAAGUGUACGUGUACCCUUUUAUGUCGAAUUUAGACAGAGCUGUACAAGAUUUUGAAGAAAACACUUUGGUUUUGUUUAUGAGAUGGGAGGAUGGUGAUGAUUUCCUUUUCCCAGCUAUUUUCCGAAUCAUGUUCCAUACUUUUUUGGAGGAUGAGUUUGAAGAUAAAGUAGAAACUCCUACAUCAAAGAGGUGGUGCAAAGAUGAACCGCUGAGAUUUGGCUACGAUCAACCCGGAAUGGCUGUGGCUGUAUUGACACUUGUGUGGUGUUGAUUUCACAUUCUAAAUAUGCUGCACUAGAUAAAUAGGAAAUAAGAUGAAUCCCUCUGCGCUUGAUCCUGAGAAAAUAAAACAAUACUUAAACAAUAUGUGGAGCAAAAAACAUCCCACUUACGAUGGUUGUAUGCUUCCGAAAUUCAGACCGCUAUUUCCUGAUCCAGAAAAACACAUGGAGGCAAUAAGGAAUUUCGACUCAAGGGAAUCAGAUAUACUACUCUGUACAUUUCCCAAAUCAGGAACACACUGGGUACACGAGAUUGUGUCGAUGAUUCUACAAGGAGGGGCACAGUACACCAGUGGUCAUAAGAUACACACCAUGAUGGAGUCUGUCGGUAUUGAACAAAUGCAUGAGCAACCCUCUCCGCGUUUCCUCAACACGCAUCUUACAUUUCGUCAUCUUCCCAAGAAGCAUGUAGAUAAUGGAUACAAAAUCAUCCAUGUUAUAAGGAACCCUAAAGAUGUGAUGGUGUCCUUUUACAACCACAGCCAGAAUGCCCCAUUAACGGCCUGUACAGAGGAAGACUUCCCCGGGACAUGGAACAACUUUAUCGAAGACAUGUGUGCAAACAAGCAUAAUUUCUAUGGGGGUUAUAUCGGCUAUGAACGAGAGUGGGCGAUGUCAAAACAGGCAAAAACUGCAACAAAUAUCCAUACUGUGUUUUACGAAGAUUUGAAAAAGAAUCCAGUUGUAGAAAUUAAGCGUAUGGCAGCUUUUUUUAAUAAAGAAAUAAGCCCCAAACUUAUGGAGGAAAUCGCUGACAAAUGUUCGUUCAAAAACCUUGCGGACGCAACAACAUCAGGCAAGAAAGGUGUGGAUAUACUCAGCAAAGUUUCAAAAGACGGUACCAACUUCAUAUUCAGGAAAGGAACCGUAGGAGACUGGAAAAACUGGUUCACUGUCGCUCAAAAUGAAAUGUUUGACGCCAUGCUGGAGACGGGGUUGAAGGAUACCAAUUUGAAGUUAACAUAUGAACUCUAAAAACGUGAUAUCCUAUCCAUUAUCUAUCCGGUAGUACAUUACAGUCUUACAUGAUGUACAAUAAGGAGCUGACAUACAAUAGUAUGGUGUAUUUUUAUGGAAAUACUGUGUUAUUACAAAGUAAUACUGUAAAUACACCAUUUGAUACUAACUCAGUAGUACUAACGCUAUCUACUGAGUUAGUGCCGCAUGAUGUAUUUUUAGGUGGAUGUUGCCGAGUUAAGAUGGUUAAAUGUAUUAACAUGAACAAUCUUCUAAUUAACAAUUUAAAUAGAAAAUGCUGUGUAAGUAAGGUAUGACGUAUUUGUUUUUGCAUAAACUCAGUAAUUGUGGUAUGAUGUACUGAGACAGGUAAUUUUGUCAAAUUGAAGAAAAUCCAGUUUCAAUUCAAAUUAAUCAAAUUAUUUUCAGAGGGAUUAUCUGAAAUAAGAAGUAAAGAUGAAGCUGUACGAGUUGUUUUUAAAUACAUCUGAUAAUACGCCCGAGUACAAGAAGAGGUACAGAGGUUGGUCCUGUGUGCGCGUAGCAUCAUUAGACAUAGUCCUUGUUUUAACAGUGUAACGUAAGUUUGAAAUUCUGCUUUACAGAAUUUUGGUGAUUCUCGUUGUCGAUUGUCCAGGGGUACGUUGUAGAUCGUUGUCGAUUGCCCAGGGGUACGUUGUAUAUCGUUUUCGAUUGUCCAGGUUUACGUUGUAGAUCGUUGUCGAUUGUCCAGGGGUACGUUGUAGAUCGUUGUCGAUUGUCUAGGGGUACGUUGUAGAUCGUUGUCGAUUUUCCUGGGGUACGUUGUAGAUCGUUGGCGACUGUCCAGGGAUACGUUGUAGAUCGUUGUCGAUUGUCCAGGGGUACGUUGUAGAUCGUUGUCGAUUGUCAAGGGUUCCGUUCUAGAUCGUUGUCGAUUGUCCA